AUGAACGAUGUGACGCUUUUUAAGCUCGUCUCCAUUGUGUGCAUUUGGAUCGUAGGACUUGUGGGUGGUCUUGUCCCUGCAUGUCUAGCCUCGCGUCAUGAGAAAUCACCAGCAAUGGGUUAUCUGAAUGCCUUUUCUGGGGGGGUGUUCCUGGCUGGCGGCUUUUUCCAUCUAUUGCAUUCUGCUAUCGAGAAUCCAGCGCUGUGCAAAUGGUCUACGGAGGAAGAAGGUCGUUACGAGUUUCCGUAUGCGGAAAUGUUUUGCACUUUGGGAUUCCUUGGUCUUUUACUGCUAGAGCAAGCGGCACAAGCUACAAUGGAUGCUAACGACAAAGUCAUUGAGUACAUGCCUACUCAAUGUGAAAACGAUGACGAGAUACGUGGAGCCACAGAGAGUGACGACACAUAUGUAGAAGAUUUGGAUGAAGAGAAGCAGACUCUCAGGUCAGGUAGUUCUGAAUUUUUAAGUUUUAGUGCCCCGAAGAAAGCAGAAAAAGGCUCAAAGGCUGUUGCGCUGGUACUCUUCAUAGCUCUAUCCUUUCACUCAGUAUUGGAAGGACUAGGCAUUGGUGCUCAAAAAGAGACAGCAUGGGGAGUCUUUCUUGCCAUUAUCAUGCACAAGGGACUAGCAGCUUUUGCCCUGGGGUCAGGACUCAUACAGAGUGCCAUGCCUGUGAUACACGUUACGAUAUAUAUGGUUGUCUUUUCUUUCAUGAGUAUUAUUGGCAUUAUCGUGGGUUGGAUCAUUGCUGCAGACUCAUCUGAAGACUCGGCCGCAGCUGGUAUUUGUGUAGCUCUUGCAUCAGGGACAUUCAUAUAUGUUGCUGUUAUGGAAGUGAUUCCGCAUGAGUUUCCACAACAUAGUCAUGGAAGGAGUGAAGAUCACACUUAUGAACACCACAAGUCCAAAGAAACGCUAAGGAAGUCAGUUGCACUUGUAGCUGGCUAUGCCAUCUUUGGUUUACUCGCUAAAUGGUCGUAG